CCGGAUUACUUGCCAUUUUCAAAACUUCAACAAACACACAGAAAAGAUUAAAAUUGAAGAAGUUGUUCAGCCAAACGAACAUCAACAAAACGACCCGCGCGCCAUCUUUGUUGAUAAUGUGCUGGCCUGGGAAAGGAGGAGCAUGGAAUUCAAGAACCUAUCAAAGUUUCCUUAAAAAACAGCAAAAGUGGUCUUGGACAUAUUCCGGGAAGCGAUCUUACAAGAAACUGGUGGGAUCAAAUGUAUAAUGAUGCUGCUAAGAAGAUUUCUGUGAACACUGAUAAUAAUGAAAAACCGAAGCAGGAAAAGAUAAGAGAAGAAAGUUCUCCAAAGAAUUUAUUGUAUGGUAAUUUCCUCCAGGGAUCAACUCAGUAUUCAAAUCACACAGGAAUAGUUGAAGAAGCUGUUAGUGAAUCACAGCCUGAAGUUUCCCAGAACUGCCCUCCCAGGUUAACCGAUGAACAGCUUUUUGAAAUAUGUGGACGUCGUACAGCACACAAAGCAGCACGACAUGGAUUACGACUAAAUGGCAAGUUGCAACGCAUCAAAGAACAAGAACAACGCUUCUUGGAAUCUCUUGAGAGUGCCAAAAAUCAUAAAAAUCAAAUCUCAAAUACCAAAAUUUCUAGCAUUUCUGGAAAUCAUACAAAGGUUGAGGCUGAGAAGCAGCAAAAUAAUUUAGAUGACGAUGGUUAUAUUGAAGAAGAAACAUUGAUUAAAAAGAGGAAAAAGAAGAAGAAAAAGAACAAAAAUGAUUUGGUUGAAGUGGGUUUAGAAGAAACAGUUGAUUGUAGACAGGAUUCAGAAAAUCAAGUCUUUCAGGAAAACAAAUUACUUGUUAGUGAAAAUCUAACAGACUCUGAUAAAGAAAUAGUUUGGUUGCCUAAGCAAGAUGAUGUUUCAACCAAAGAUGGAUUUAAAUUAAAAUACAAGGUUAAAAAGCACAAAAAGAGAAAACAUAAUCUAUAAUUUGAAUACAAAAUAAUUUAAAAUUCAAAA